AUGCCGUCAAGCAAAAGCACGAAAACAUCGACUUCAUGGCACCACUUCCUGAAGCACUGCCACCUAGUUCCCGGCUCGUCCGACUCGGGAAUGUGGCCCUAUGCCAAACUUCUUCUCAAUUUCGGUGCUGAUCCCUAUGCUGAGAUACCCGACGGCACGAAAGUCGUGCAGCAAAUCCGCAAAAAUGCUCGACAUACUGUCGUUCCAAGCAUGUUAUUAUCAACAGAGCAGCGUCUACUGAAAGUCUGCAGCGGCAAUCUUCUGCCUAAGCUAUGUGCGUGCCUAGAAGAGGCUCGUGAGCAAAGGGCACGGAAGAUUGUGGAGAAGAAGGCGGCUGAGCAGACUCAAGGGAAGCUCUUCGUCAACGCCUUGUGGAACAGUUUCGGUAGUAACCUAGUCUCCAGCAGGAAAGCACGAGGGUAG